AUGGCAAUAUGGACGGAAGAAUUUGUCUACCAUAUAUGGGUUUAUUUUUUUAUUUUACUUUUAUCCAGACGGGUUGGAAGAGGAGGAGCAGGUGGUCAUGGCGGACGUCAGGGGCGCGGAGGCUCCUCAGGCAAAAUUCAGGGGAAACCAGAAGGUUCUUGGAAGUUAAGAUGUGGCUUUCGACGACUGCAGGAACUGAAGAUGAAGCCCCCGAACGAAGUUUUAAUGACACUUAGUUCAUCGGGAACCCGCUUUAAAGAAGCCCUUGAAGACGACAGUCAUGAUACCAAUAUGAUGGUGCUGAUACUCAGGUGCAUUGCUAUAGCUUUAGAAUGUGAAUCUCAGCGCCAAGGAACUAUAACUCUACUUACAACAAUAGAAAAUUCCAAUUUUUUGAAAAGGAAAUUGAUGGAAUUUUUGUUUGGUUUAGCGGUGAAUGAAUUUGAAUUGAUGGAGCACCAGGAUGCAAUCAAAGAUGUGAUAACUUUAUUUGUUGCCUUAGCUCAAAAUAUGCCCCACAGUCUUUCAACCAUUAUGGGAAUAUAUGCUACCAUUGAAGCUGUAGUUACUAAGCUGAAAAAUGGGGGGUUAUUGAACAGCAGUCUAGGAGAAGCUUUUGAGACCUGUAGGGUACACAAAGAGGGGGUUAUGAAACCAAAACCCCAAAAGCAAAACAGAGAAAGAAAAUUCGAACAAGAAGACGAGAGAGAACCAGAUAAUAAUUUCAGAGAGAUCAAUGUGUGUCCGCAGACUGUUGAUGUGGCAGCAGGUAUGGAUCAUGACCCUUUCCUACGGCGAAAUAAAGCUAAAGGUGGGUACAGAGACCUGGAACAUUACUUGGAUGUACAGUUUCGUCUUCUGAGAGAAGACUUCAUUUGUCCCUUGCGUGAAGGUAUUCAAGAAUAUAUCGAGGCAUUACACAAUACUGGACAAGUCAAAAGAUUGCAGGAUCUAAGGAUAUACAAAGAUGUUCAAAUUAUUUCACCAAUAUGUGAUCGGUCUGGUUUGUCCUAUAGGGUUAGUUUCGACAUAGAAAAUCUCAAACGUGUAAGAUGGGAAUCAAGCAAACGUUUGAUAUUUGGAUCUCUUGUAUGUUUAUCUAGAGAUGGGUUUCGAACAAUGUUGUUUGCCAGUGUCUCAAACAGAGAAUUAAAACUGAUAUCAAAAGGAAUUGUUGACUUGAAAUUCGAAAACACCCAUGAAGAAAUGGCAGCCCUCCCAAGAGAUGCGAGAUUUGUCAUGGCAGAGACAACAGCUUAUUUUGAAGCCUACAAACAUGUUCUAAAUGGCCUUCAAAAUAUGCGACAAAUCCCUUUCGAGAAAUACAUUGUCAGGUGUGAAACAGAUGAAGUGAAGCCACCAGUGUAUUUGCGACGGAGACGAAAUGCAAAUUAUGAUCUCCGUCCUCUCGUGGAUAAUGAUAUCGUUCUGCAAGGAGAAAUAAAGUUAAGAAAUCUGGGAGCUCCUGUUUUGCGUGAACCCACCUACAAUUUCAGUCGCCUAUCUGCAAGGGCUGGGAAUGUGAAGAUUACAGAUUUUGAUGAAUGGCCUUCUGCAGACCAAUUAUAUUUGGACGACUCACAAUAUAAGGCAGUACAAAAUGCUCUUACCAAGGAGUUUGUGAUUACUCAAGGACCCCCUGGUACAGGGAAGACGUACAUUGGUCUCAAAAUUGUCAAAGCUUUGCUACACAAUCACAAAAUAUGGAACACUAACCUGGAAGGUGUUACUGACCACAAACCAAUGUUAAUUGUCUGCUAUACGAAUCAUGCCUUGGACCAGUUCCUAGAAGGAAUAUUAGGUUUCUAUCAUGGCGACGUUUUAAGAGUUGGAGGGCGAAGCUCUAGUGAACUUUUGAAGAAAUAUAACAUCAAUACUUACCGCAUGAAUAUGAGAAAAGGUAGGGAAAUUCAUGGUGACAUUUCCAGGGAAGCCCGUAGAAUUGGAUGGGAGUUGAAUCAAAUAAGAGAAGCCAUCAACGCUAUUGCAAUGAAAAUAGAAAUUGCUGAACGAGAAGUUAUCCAUGAGGGUUAUUUGCAACCUUAUAUGGGUCCAUAUUACAAUGAACUUGUCCAAGGAUUUGAGCAGUAUGUGCAUUAUCAUGAUCCCACCAUUUCUCUUAAAAAAAUUAAGGGAUCAUCUGCUAUUGUUGAAUGGCUUGGAUAUGGGACCUUGCUACAUAUAGAACAUGGGAAUGUGGAAGUUCCACCUGAGCAGAGAAGACAAGAAGUUGAUGAAGAUGGAGACCUCAUUGAUGAAUUGCAGGAAGAACAAGAGGAACAAGUUGAUGUCUUUGAUGAUGCUGAUCAAAUGGUGGAGAUGAGACAACUAGACAAUGAAGAUGAUCUAGAUUUGGAUGACUUAGAUCUAUUUGCAGGUCUUGGUCUACCUGAAGAUUUAGAAAGAAAACUAGCAAAUCUUCAAAUUAAGAAAAAGGCUGUAGCAUUGAAUGUGUCAGAAAUGGAUGAACAAGGAGGCGACAUGGAAUGGCAAAUUGAUAGGAAACAGAAGAAAAAAAUGAAAUCAAAAUUGCGUAAGGAACUUAAGUCUACAAAUCGCAUGUCAGAACGAGAGUUUCAAAAUUUGCAGAGGAUGGGUCAUGAUGUUUGGAAUUUGACUCAAAAAGAAAAAUGGCGUUUGUAUCGAUACUGGACACACAAGUUCUGUUGUGUGUACAGAGAACAGAUUCGUGGAAAAGAAGCAGAGUAUGAAAGAAAUGCAGCUCGAUUAAACGAAAUCCAUAUGCAGGAAGACCAGCAGAUAAUGCGCUUGGCAACAAUUAUUGGGAUGACAACUACAGGAGCUGCAAGAUAUCAGUCAGUACUUCAGGAAAUCGGUCCAAGAGUCAUCGUUGUGGAGGAGGCUGCAGAAGUUCUCGAGGCGCAUAUAAUUACAACGUUGAGCCAAGGUUGUGAACACGUGAUUCUUAUUGGUGACCACAAGCAGCUGAAGCCAAAUCCAACAGUUUAUAAACUUGCCAAGGACUAUAAUCUGGAUGUGUCUUUAUUUGAGAGAAUGGUGAAAAAUGGAAUGCAGUGCGAUUGCCUAAAUCUCCAACAUAGGAUGCGACCGACAAUUUCGGAAAUGAUGAGAAUCAUAUAUCCGGAAUUGAAAGACCAUGACGAGGUGAAAAAUUAUCCAAGCGUUAGAGGUAUUUCAGAGAACAUGUAUUUUAUACAUCAUGACUACCCCGAAAGUAAUGACGAUGAGCAGAGAAGUCACUCCAACAUUUACGAAGCUCAAUACAUUGUGGCACUUUGUCGAUAUCUCAAACUUCAAGGAUACGACCCGGAACAAAUCACGAUUUUAACAUUGUAUUCUGGACAGCUUUUCCAAUUGAAGAAACUGAUGCCCAAAAAAGAAUUUUAUGGGAUAAGAAUAACAGUGGUAGACAAUUUCCAAGGAGAGGAAAAUGAUAUUAUCCUCUUAUCAUUGGUUCGCAGUAACGACGAAGGAAAGAUAGGAUUUUUGAAAAUAGAGAAUAGAGUAUGCGUUGCUCUCUCCCGUGCUAAGAUGGGAUUUUAUGUCAUCGGGAAUUUAAACCUUAUGUCUGGUAACAGUGAACUUUGGAGAAAAGUUGUUGACCAUGUUAAACGUAAGAACUUAUGCGGAGAAGGAUUACGUUUAUAUUGUCAAAAUCACCCGAACGAUGAAGGAAUCCAUGCGACGGAGCCAGAGGACUUUAAAAAGGCACCUGAGGGAGGCUGUAUGAAGCCCUGUGAACACCGGCUACCUUGUGGACACACAUGUGCCCUCGUUUGUCAUGUCAUCAAUGCCGACCAUAAAGAAUACCAAUGUAGAAAGCCAUGUCAAAAGCAAAUUUGUGACAAUAAAGAUCACAGAUGCAGGCGAAUGUGUUACCAGGAUUGUGGAGAAUGUUCAAUUCGUGUGACUAAAUUGCUGUCUUGUGGGCAUCAACAACCAGUACCUUGCUCAACUAAACCGUAUCAGUUCAAAUGCAUGGCACAAUGUGAAACUCGGCUUCCUUGUGGCCACAUGUGCCAGAGUUUGUGCGGAGAACGACACACUGAAUUUUGUCAACAUCCAGUAAAAAGAAAAUUCAAAUGUGGCCAUGAAUUAGAUAUACUUUGUUUUGAGGUGGAAUCAGCUGUUUGUCCUAAAAAGUGUCGACAAAUUUUAUCAUGCGAGCACAAGUGUAGAGGAACUUGUGGCGAGUGCUUAAAUGGAAGACUUCAUAUUGGAUGUAAAAGUAAAUGUGAAAGAACUCUCGUCUGUGGACAUAUAUGCCCUGACAAAUGUUCCAAAUGUCCCCCCUGUGAAAAGUUGUGCAAUAACCGUUGUGUGCAUAGCCGAUGUACCCAAUCUUGUGGGAAAAUGUGUAUACCUUGCGUCGAGAAGUGUGCAUGGAGAUGUGAACAUUUCAAAUGCACGAAGAGAUGUUUUGAGCCCUGUAACCGUCCUCGGUGCGACAGACCUUGCCGUCUACGGAUUCCAUGUGGGCAUCAGUGCAUAGGACUUUGUGGGGAGCCUUGUCCAAGAAAAUGCCGCAUUUGUAAUAAAGAGGAAGUAACGGAAAUAUUUUUUGGUACAGAAGAAGAGGACGAUGCAAGGUUUGUAGAGCUGGAAGAUUGUGGUCAUGUAUUUGAGGUAGAAGGGCUAGAUCAAUACAUAAACCAUUUUGGGAAAGGAGAAGGAAAUAAAGAUGCUGUCAUAAAACUUAUUGAAUGUCCUAAAUGCAAGACUCUAAUCCGCCGAAAUAUGCGAUACGGAAACGAAGUUAAGAAAGCAGUCUUGGAUAUUGAAGCAGUCAAGGAAAAAAUUAUUGGAGAUAGAAUUCGUAUACGGCGAAUGAAGAAUGAUAUCCCGGAGAACAUUAGAGAUCUGACAAGAAAAUAUGCAACUGAUGGUAAAGCAAUGAGAAGAAUUUACGAUCAGCUUUUUGAGACAACUGUUGAUGAAAAUACUUUGUUGGCUGUUACAAAUCAGAUUGAAUUUUUGAAGGCCAUCAAUAAAAUUGAACAAGACUGGGACAAGCACAUACACAUAAGUGAUCUUCAACAGAUGUUCAAAGAACAUUGUCUUAAAGAUCUAGCUUACUUUAGAGAAUGGACUCUUAAAACCAGAAAGUAUUUCACAGAACAAGAACUAAUGGAUGCCGAGGAUGAAAUAUUUCGUCUCAAAUCUUUUAAACGUUUCAUAGCAUAUAUUGAUAGAAUCAUAUCUCUUCGAAAACCAGCAGGAGGCGAACUUAAGAAAAGUCUUAGUACAGUAGAAACUCUUUUGAAAGGAGGUAAAAAGUUAAACGCAGAUGAAAAAAGGUUAUUAGAAAAUGUGCUUGCACAACUGAAAGAGAAAUAUCCUCUAAGUGGACUCGGGGUAUCAGAAGAAGAGAAAAUCCAGAUUGUCAAAGCUUUGGGGGAGCAGAAGGGCCACUGGUUUAAAUGUCCGAAUGGUCAUCCAUAUGUAAUUGGGGACUGUGGUGGAGCCACGAUUGAGAGUAGAUGUCCGGAGUGUAAUGCUACUAUUGGUGGAAGUGGUCACCGACUCCGUAGUGAUAAUCAAUUUGCAGGAGAGAUGGAUGGCGCUCAGCAUCCAGCAUGGUCUGAUGCAGCAAACAUGGCGAAUUACAUGUUCUGAUCAAUAUUUGCUGUAUACUUUCGUGAUAGGUUAUACAAUAAUGAUAGGUUUUCCCCUGAAAUUAUGAAGUGUAAUAGUCUUUAUAUUCUUUCCAUAAAACUUUUCUGAGCAUUUAUUUAUGAAAAGUGGUUUUUGCUACAUUUAAAAUGU